UACAAUAGGUCACGGUUCGUUAAUCCACGUGUUACGUUUCCCGCGUGCGUACAUUGAAAUAGCCGUUUCACACCUCCCAUUCAUUCGGCGAAGUCGGUGCGAUCUUGAAAAGCCCAAGAGAUUAUUGAUUCAUGGAGACCUGGUUAUUGACGUCCACGCAGCGGUACGCGUCGGCCGCUCUGUUUGCGCUCGCUCUACACCAGUCUCAAGUUCACCAAACACAGCCUUUGCAUCACUUAGUCCCUCUAGAAGAGGAGCCAAUUGGUGAAGGGGCCAGCGAUGGAAAGAACGCUUCGGUCUCUGAGGAUCCUCACCUUUGGGUCCACGAAAAAUCUGGCUUGCUUUGGCAUGUCCUCAGGUUUCUUGGAGUGGAUGGCCAAGCCGGGCAUGGGUUGAAAGAAACCGCAGGGACUUCUUCACAAGUCCGUCAUCAUGUUGGAGCGUUCUUGAUGCUACUAUCAGAUGAAAGUGAUGGAACAUCAUCAGAAAGAACUGACAAGGAACUUGCUUUGACAAAAGCUGUUGAUGCUAUGGUGCUUAGUAUGGAAUGCCUCCCUUGUUCCUCUGAGGACCACAAUGAGAGUAAUGAAGCAGAAACAAAAUUCCAUGAGAAAAAUUCCAAUUUUGAGAUAGAAUCAACUUCUGAUGUGGCUUCAGAGCCUUAUGAAAUUACACAGAAAACAAGUUCCAAGAUUUCCUCUAAAGAAAAGGAUUCUAUUGGAUCCAGAGGCGAGACUUUUGAGAAACAGAUGGAAGAAGGAGCAAGGCUCAGUUAUCAGAGGAAAGUGACAGUUCUUUAUGUGCUUCUUUCAGCUUGUAUUGCAAGGAAUACUAAUGAUGACAAGAGGUGUUCUCAACUAGGAAUGGGCUAUGAUGCUCGACACCGUGUGGCUUUACGGUUGCUGGCAAUGUGGCUUGGUGUUGAAUGGAUAAAAAUGGAAGCCAUGGAGAUUAUGGUUGCUUUCUCUAUAAUUGCUUCAGAGAAAGAGGAUGGUGCAGACAAAGAAAAAUCUGAGAUUUCAGAGAGCUCUUGGGAUAAAUGGAAGAGGGGAGGUAUCAUUGGUGCAGCCGCUUUAACUGGAGGCACCCUAAUGGCCAUCACUGGUGGCCUAGCUGCUCCAGCUAUUGCUCAAGGUUUGGGUGCUAUGGCUCCUACAUUGGGCAGUAUUCUCCCUGCAAUUGGAGCUAGUGGAUUUGCUGCUGCAGCAAGUGCCACAGGAUCCGUUGCUGGUUCUGCUGCUGUAGCUGCAUCAUUUGGAGCUGCGGGAGCUGGUCUUUCAGGGAGAAAAAUGGCUAGAAGAAUUGGAAGCAUUGAAGAGUUUGAGUUCAAAACAAUUGGAGGAAAUAAUAACCAAGGCCGGCUGGCAGUUGGAAUUAUGGUUUCUGGACUGGCUUUUGAGGAAGAAGAUUUUAUAUCUCCUUGGAAGGGCUACAAUGAUAAUCUGGACAGGUAUGCACUCUGGUGGGAGUCCAAGAACUUGAUUGCAUUGAGUACUGUGAUUGAGGACUGGCUUGCUUCAAGACUUGCGUUGCAGUUAAUGAAAGAAGGUGCCAUGAUGACUGUACUAAGCACACUUCUUGCAGCUUUGGCUCUGCCAGCCACAUUAGUUACAGCAUCUGACCUUAUAGACAGCCAAUGGGCAAUUGCUGUGGACAGGUCAGAUAAAGCUGGGAAGUUGCUUGCUGAAGUAUUGUUGAUGGGAUUGCACGGAAACAGGCCCGUGACACUGAUCGGUUUCUUUGGGGCUCGAGUAAUUUUUAAAUGUCUCCAGUGUUUGGCUGAUACAGAAGGAGAUAAUGCUGGACUUGUAGAAAGGGUUGUUCUUCUUGGAGCACCAGUUUCAAUUAAAGAUGAAAAUUGGGAGGAUGCUAGAAAGAUAGUUGCUGGCAGAUUUGUGAAUGCUUAUUCUUCAAAUGAUUGGAUACUUGGAAUUAUUUUCCGUGCAAGUUUACUUUCUCAAGGUUUAGCUGGUAUUCAAGCUGUUGACAUACCCGGGAUUGAAAAUGUUGAUGUAACGCAUAUCAUAGAAGGCCACUCUUCUUAUCUCGGGAAGACAACACAAAUCUUGGAGCUGCUGGAACUAGAUUCUUACUGCACCGUUUUCAGCAGCACACAUUCCAAAUCCGUGGAAGAGUGCUCUUAAUCUAGUUCUCACUUUUUAGCAUUGCUCUUACGCUUCCAACAUUUUUCCCUAUCACUCUUUUCAUUAUUUAAUCUGUAAUUUAUUGUCUCUGAAAUUAGCCUAUAAGUUAUUGAACGAUGCCUGCUAAUAAACAGUUGUUUGUAACC